UCCCUAUAGUUUUCAAGUCACUGAACCCACACAAAUUACAAUACCUUACCCUAUUCCAUUCAUAUAUAAAAGCAACAGCAACAAUUCACGUUAAUUAACCCUUUGCCUUUUUUGUUUAAUUUUUUCAGUUCUAAAAUUCGAAUUUUCCUUUCAGUGUUUCAUUCAAGAUUCACGGGAAGAACGUGCGAAUUUUAUAUCUUCAUUGUAUGGAUCGUAUUUUUAGGGUUUUCAAUAUUGGAUUCAGGUGCGAUUGUGUGCGAUAAUUGUUUUUGAAUUUAGGGUAAGUGAUUGGGUUUUAAAUCUAGCUGGGGGCUUUGUCUCGAUGUGAAAAUCAGGGUCUGGGUACAGAGAAGGGGGCAGGAAGAUGAUAAUCAAACGGACGGGGAAUCUUGAAAUGCGGAGUAUGAAACGGUGUAAGAUGGAAAGAGAGGGCUACGAUGAUUGUGGGGAAGAAGAGAUAUUUUACGAUUACGAGGGUAAUCCGAAGAGAUUGAAAUCGAACGGUUAUUAUUCAUACGGCGAGUUCGAUGAUUUCAGUAGCGGUUCAGGUUAUUGGAGUAGCGAGGAGUCGUACUGGGCUGGUGAAUUCGAGUCGAAUUCUAUGAAUCUGAAUAAAGCGAAACAAAAUAAGAAGAGUUCCAAGAGGAAUUUUAAGCCUCCGUUGUUGAAAUCAUCUAGAGGAAGAACUCAAACGCUUCCUUCUAGAUUUAACGACGCUGUUCUUGAUUCAUGGAAAAGUAGAAAACUGAGAGUCGAUUAUGCGGAUUCGAGCCUUGAGGAUGAUGAGUUUGAUGGGUCGAGAUAUCUGAAAGAUAAGUAUGGAUAUGGAAGCUCGGAUUUGUAUCUAAUUAGUAAAAGAAGAGAGGAACGAGGAAUGAGUUGUGUAGGGAUUAAUAAUAGUUAUGAAUACGGAAGUUAUUUGGAUUCUUCUUCUUCGACAUUGCUAGAAACUGAAGAGACUGUGCCUUAUAAUAGUUUUAAGGGUAUAGAGAGGUUGAAAAAAGAGAGAGGUGGAAAAAGGAAAGAUGUGUAUAAGCCGGAGGAUUUUGCUUUGGGUGACUUAGUUUGGGCUAAAUGUGGGAAGAGAUACCCUACUUGGCCAGCUAUUGUCAUUGAUCCUAUAUUGCAAGCUCCUGAAUCGGUCCUAAGUUGUUGUGUUCCUGGUGCUAUUUGCGUUAUGUUUUUUGGGUACUCAAAGAAUGGAACUCAGAGGGAUUAUGCCUGGGUGAAACAAGGAAUGAUAUUCCCAUUUGCAGAAUUUAUGGAUAGAUAUCAGGGGCAGACCCAGUUGUUCAAGUGGAAGCAAAGUGAUUUUCAGAUGGCUCUGGAGGAGGCAGUUUUGGCAGAAAAUGGUUUCCUAGACUCGGAACAUAAGACCCAACAAAUAGGAUACGCAGAUGCUCAACCCAGUUGUUCAAGUCAGGAUCUGGAUUGUUUAUACACCCACAACCAGGAUACAAGACCUUGUGACAGCUGUGGCUCGGUUGUUCCAUUAAAAACUAUGAAGAAAAUGAAGAAAUCUGCUGAGCUUUUGUGCAAACAUUGUUAUAAGCUGCGGAAAUCAAAGCAGUAUUGUGGCAUAUGCAAGAAGAUUUGGCACCAUUCAGAUGGUGGCAAUUGGGUAUGUUGUGAUGGAUGUAAUGUGUGGGUUCAUGCUGAAUGUGACAACAUUAGCAGUAAAGUUUUCAAGGAUAUGGAGAAUAUUGAUUAUUACUGCCCCGAAUGUAAAGCAAAGUCCAAGUUAGAAUCAUGCUUAGCAAAAAGAGAGCCAAAAAUCAAAUCUAGAGAAAAAAGUGGGGAAAGUGUUCCUCCUGACAAGUUGACUGUAGUCUGCAAUGGCAUGGAAGGAUCAUAUAUUCCAAAUCUUCAUUUAGUUGUAUGUGAGUGUGGUGCAUGCGGGUCAAAGAAGUAUACACUAAGUGAAUGGGAGCGGCAUACAGGCUGUAGAGCAAAAAAAUGGAAGUAUAGUGUGAAAGUCAAGGACACAAUGACAACUCUGGAAAAAUGGAUUGUUGAUUACAAUGCCCAUGGUGUUCAUACUCUAAAACUAGAUAAGCAGAAGCUAAUUGGUUUUUUGCAAGAAAAAUAUGAGCCUGUUGAUGCAAAGUGGACAACAGAAAGAUGUGCUGUAUGUAGAUGGGUUGAAGACUGGGAUUAUAACAAAAUUAUAAUCUGCAACAGGUGUCAAAUAGCUGUUCAUCAAGAAUGCUAUGGGGCAAGUAAUGUUCAAGAUUUGACAUCUUGGGUUUGUAGGGCUUGCGAAACACCUGAUAUUGAGAGGGAGUGUUGCCUUUGCCCUGUGAAAGGGGGUGCUCUGAAGCCAACUGAUGUGGAGUCACUAUGGGUUCAUGUCACAUGUGCCUGGUUUCGGCCUGAAGUUGGUUUCUUGGAUCAUGAGAAGAUGGAACCUGCUGUUGGAGUCCUCAGAAUUCCACCCACUUCUUUCUUGAAGAGUUGCGUGAUUUGUAAGCAAACUCAUGGUUCCUGCACUCAAUGUUGCAAGUGUUCGACUUAUUUUCAUGUGAUGUGUGCAUCAAGAGCAGGGUACAUCAUGGAAAUACACUGCUCGGAGAAGAAUGGGAUGCAAAUGACGAAAAAGUUCGUGUACUGCACUGAUCACAGGAGCCCAAAUCCAGAUGCAGUUGUUGUCAUGCAUACUCCUUCAGGGGUUUUUGCUGCCAGAAAUGUUCUUCAGAAUGUGAACGAUUGUCCUAGAGGUUCGAGGCUAAUUUCAUCCAAGAAUGCUGAGCUCCCUGAAUCCCCAGCUCUGGAUACCAAUGACUUUGAUGCAUGCUCUGCUGCUAGAUGCCGCAUUUUUACAAGGUCAAAAUUUAAGGGAGCUGAAAGGGAGCCAAUAUUCCACAGUCCGAGUGGGCCAAGUCAUCAUCAUAUAGAUGCAUUAAGAGCAUUAAGCACAUAUAAAGAAGUAGAUGAUUCUACUGUUUUCUCGUCAUUCAAGGAUCGACUGUACCAGUUGCAGAGGACUGAGAACCACCGAGUUUGUUUUGGCAAAUCUGGUAUUCAUGGAUGGGGCCUCUUUGCACGUAGAAACAUUCAGGAAGGAGAAAUGGUUGUUGAGUAUCGUGGUGAGCAGGUUAGGCGUAGUGUUGCAGAUCUUAGGGAGGCACAGUACCGUUCUGAAGGAAAAGAUUGCUAUCUGUUCAAAAUCAGCGAGGAAGUAGUGAUUGAUGCCACCAAUAAGGGGAAUAUUGCACGCUUAAUCAAUCAUUCGUGCACGCCUAAUUGCUACGCAAGGAUCAUGAGUGUUGGCGAUGAAGAGAGCCAGAUAGUUCUUAUUGCUAAGACUGAUGUCUCUGCUGGUGAUGAGCUAACAUAUGAUUAUUUGUUCGAUCCAGAUGAGCACGAUGAGCUUAAAGUUCCUUGCCUAUGUAAAGCUCCUAAUUGUCGAAAAUAUAUGAAUUAAGGUUGGCUAUACUUACCAUUCUUUUUUCUCUGGUAUAAAGGCAUUAAAGAGCUUCUAAUUGAUGGGAUAUUUUUACAUUUGAUAUAUAAUUCAGAACUGAAACAAAUGAGGAACCUCAUUAUUUUUUGUCCCCAUUUACCCAGUGAGCUUGUAAUUCUUUUUUUUUUUGUUUGUAAUUCUUUUUCAAUAAUUUGUAAAUUUUAUCAGCGAUUUAGCUGGUGCCUCUUACAGUAGUAUCAAAUAUUGGUACACUUACAAUACUCUUUUCAAUUGUUCAUAUAUUUUCUUGCAACGUGAGGCCUACGCGAUUUUUUCAGAA